AGUGUAUUCGCUCAGAGUUUGUGAGUGUGUGUGUGUGUGUGUGUGUGGAUAACAGAGAGAAGCUCGUCAUCAUCAGAAGAAGAAAAAGAAGACGGAGAGUUCCUUUGGAACGGAAUAAACCUGUUGAGAUUGUGUGUGUGUGUGUGUGUGUGUGUGAAUGGCUCUGGAGUGUGAGGAGUGGACACACACCGACCAUGCGGACGCAGUGACACACACGCUCAGGGAGGUCAUGUCCGUAUCAGUGCGGGAGCCGUACGAGGAUGAUGAAGCUCGGGAAUCGGACCGAGACAGCGCCAACGAGAGCGCUGCUGGAUCAGAACUCUCAGACGGAGGAAGAGGAGGAGACAAAGAGGAAGGACUGAGAAUGUUCUUACCUCGGCAAAAGAGUGAAGAGCGGAGCCUGAACCCGUCUGUGACCUCUGACCUUUCGACCCGCUCGCUAAAUGAGGAGCAGUUUGAGGAUUAUGGAGAGGGAGACGACAUCGAGUACAGCAAGGACGAGACGCACACGAACGGGCUCUACGACCACGGGUCCUCCGUCCCCUCCAGUGCGACACACACACCUCAGAAGGUGAGACAGGUGAACGGUGAUGCGCACGAAUUGUUUUGCUCAAACUGCUGCAAAAAAGUGGUUCAACUCAACGAACUCGAAACCCGACUCAAGAACCUCAAAACACACAGCCCAAACAAAAAGAUUUCCAGUACAGCAUUUGGCAGAAGGCUGCUCUACCACAGUAAUCUCAGCAGUAGGAACAGCAGCACAGAGGACCUGUAUGGAGACGGUAGCAUUGAUUACUGUGACAUUGAUAUCGCUGACAAGGUAAGUCAGUUAGAGAAGAAGCUGUGUGAGCUGGAGAAUGAGUCUCUGAUGAACGGCGAUGUGAAAUCCAAACUCAAACAGGACAACAUACACCUAGUGCACAGGGUUCAUGAGCUGGAGGAACAGCUGAAGGAACAGGAGGCGCGAUCCGAGCAGAUCAUGGACAGCGAGCUGCGGAGACACCGAGACUCCUUUAGUAAACUAGAGCGAGACAAGGACACCCAGCUCGAGAUACUCAAUAACCGGGUGCAGCAGUUGGAGGUGGAAAACGCAGAGAUGCUGGUCAGUGUAAGCAGGCUAAAAACACAGACGGAGAAGCUUGACGAGGAGAAGCAGCGAAUGACUGAUAAGCUGGAGGACACGAGUCUCCGUCUGAAAGAUGAAAUGGAUUUAUACAGGAAGAUGAUGGACAAACUGAGGCAGAACAGGAACGACUAUCAGAAGGAGAGAGAAGCCAUGCAGGAGCUGAUUGAGGAACUACGGCGAGAACUUGAGAACUUACAGCUGUACAAGCUGGAUAUGGAGCGCACAGGGCGGAGCCGAAGGUUGUCCACGAGCCUAUCGGAUUACUCCACAAGGACUCGCGAGAGUGAUCUGGAACAGGAAAUGAAGAGGCUUAAACAAGAGAACCAGAGACUCCGUGAACAAAAUGAAGAUCUUAACGGUCAGAUCCUCACUCUGAGUCUCCAAGGAGCCAAAUCACUAAUCUCCACGCAGACGAAAGCUCAGUCCCUGGCAGCAGAAAUCGACAACGCCUCACGCGACCAGUUAAUGGAAGCUCUAAAGGAGCAGGAAGAGAUCAACAUCCGUCUCAGGCAGUACAUGGACAAAGUUAUUUUAUCCAUCCUCGACCACAAUCCUUCCAUCCUGGAGAUUAAGUACUGAAAACAAGCUCUUGGUUAUCAAAAACUAAAAAAAGGUCGAAGCUUGUGCCCUCUGCUGCCCUGGAGGUUGAACUGCGUACUUCUGAAAGGAUUUGGACUUCAUGUAGUGAAGCAUAUUCUUAAUUCUCUCUUUGUGAGACCUUGGGACACCCUGGAGUUGUUGCAGUUUGUGAUGGAUUAGGGGACCUGGCAGCGGAACGGCAGGAUGAUGGAUUACAAGUGUCCAGAAAACUCUGAUUGUCUUCCUUCCGGCCCCCGGAUGUUAUUUUUGGUCUAGAGCUCGUUUUAGAGCUGCUAUUUUGGGCAUUAAUUCUGGUGUUACGAAAGUUAAUCAGAGGGAAAUACGAGUCUGGGAAAGUGUCAGAGAUGGAAAUCGAAAGUGCAAGAUGAAAAAAGUGGUGGAAGCACGUCCUGAUUCUACUAUGACUGGAUUAAGGGGUGGAGCUUAACUUGAAUCAUGUCUGUCAGAGACUUGAUUAUGGCUUGAUGCCGUGUCAUGUAGUGUUGGUUUUAACAGGACCACAUGAUGCUUUAGUGACCAAUAAGAGACACUGUUAAUAACCGCUAAUACCUGUGAUACCUCACCAUGAAGCUGUUAGGAUAUUCGAUUUUGUAAUCAAAACUAUUUUGCGUGAAGAGGUGACUUGAAGCAACUAAAUUAAAGUUUUUUGUUGUUGUUGGUCCUUUAAUCACGUUUAUGAUUGGCUGUUGUACCUUAAGCUCCGCCCUUUUUCCCAACCAGUCCCACUGGUUAAUACUGUGUGUAAUACACUACAUGGGCUGAUGUUACAUUUCCAUCUGAUACAAUCACAACUUUUCAGCCUUUGGCCUAAAUUUGAGUGAUUCUGGAUUAUAAUACUAUAAAAUAAGGGCUUUUUUAAAGAAUCAGACAAACCUCAUGAGCACAAUCAUUUUCCCCCAGAAAAAGGGACACGUGCCCAGAAAUAAUUCACAGUAAUAAUUUUGCUCAUCCUCUUUAACCGAUUAGUGGUACACGCUAGUCAGUUAGAGCAGGAUCUGAAUGUUGACUUAGCAUUAUGAAUGUGCAUAUGUUCUAUAAGAAGUGCUUCCUGUUUUUAAGCUGUUCCUAAUAAUGCUGCUGAAGUAGACAUCUGCAUCAUCUUCACCACCUUCGCCAGGGUCUUUUCUUUAUUUCAGAAGUGUUUUCAUUGACAGCAUUGCCUUAUUUUCUUUUUAUUAAAAUGCUAAUUUAUUUGUUAUACGAAUCGGCAGCAAAUUGGAUACUGUAGAACCAAUUAAAAACUUGAGUAUUUAUCUCAGGCUAAUUUAAGAUAAAAGGACAUUUGUGUAUGUUUAAUUUUUAGCCAAAGUUUGACCUUUGAUUACAUUCAGGACCUGCUAUUUCCAUCUCAGCGCCCGGUAUCGGCUCAGUGUCGGGAUUAGUGAGUCAUUUGAACCAGUUUGUGAUGUUUGUUUUUUGUUUUUUUGUUUUUUUUUUGGUGGCUGGGCGGGUUUGAGGAUUUGCUACGCACCUGUUUUGGGUUUUCUCCACUUAUUUGUUUAAGUUUUUUUUUUUUUGCAAGGUAAAGUUGUGUCUCACGGUCACGGAGCUUACUUUCCUUUGCACCAUGAACAUGUGCACAUUUCUGUUUUUUAGUUCUGUUCAAGUGUUUAUGCUUUUUAUUAUUGGCCGCACUGAUGGACCUGCUGAUUGUGUAGCUGACUUGCACCUUUUUUGAAACACACUUCAUUUCAGUGCAAUUUCUAAACAAGCUGUAAAUACUUCUAACUGUACAUAGGUAAAUGACAAACUUAUUAGUUUCAACAUAAUUCUUUCUAGACUGUGUUGUACAGCUUAGCUUUCACUUUGUCACAGAAUGUCUCCUAGCUCUAAAACCAAUAGAGUACCACUAAUUUAGCGACAGAAGCCGAAUACCAGCUGGUGUUGUGUGUUAACCAGACUGUCAUGGCUAAUGACGUCUAUUUUUGCCUUCUUAAAUCCUUUUGCUAAUCAAAUUUCUCGUUUUGACUGUUGACGUUAUAGAUGUACAGAUGUUCCAAACACAGGAACAUUUAAACUCCUCAGAUUAGCAUCUUGUUAAUUUAUUGAUGUAAACUGGAGUAUUGUUACGUAUUUCCUGUAUAUUGUUUUUUUUUUUUAUGGGCCAUGCUUCGCCGUCCUGAGUGUGACUGAAGGAGUAAACUAUAACAUGUUGAAGUAAGGUGGAAUGUAACUUUGGCAAUUAAAUUUAAAAUCAG